AUGAACAAUAAUGUUGUGGUGAAUGGGACUGGUGCUUUUGGCCACGAUGGAUUAACUGAAACGGAUAUAUUUGAUUAUUGCAGGGGCAUUAAGUCAUGCGGAGAGUGCCAGCUUUCUAAGUUUUGCUCACCUUGCAUAAUAUCAGGUGGCUCCGAAUUUUUUUGUACAUCGAAAGUUGAUUCAAUUGUAUCUUGCCGACAAAAUAACAUCUCAAAUAUUUGUUCUUCAGCAUGGCCGUGGUGGAUUUACUUGUGUAUAAUUUUAUUAUUGCUAGUUGUAUUGGGCAUGAUUUUGAUAAUCUUGUAUAAGUGUUGCACUUGCUUUUUUUUAAAAGUACAAGAGACUGAAUUAGAAGAUCUAAAAUCUGAAAAAAAGCUCACUUCUUUUGGAAGUUGGGCAAUUAUAACUGGUGCAAGUGAUGGAAUUGGAAAAGCGUUAGCAAAAGAACUGAUUAAAGAAGAUUUAAACUUAAUUUUGAUAGGAAGAAAUGAAGAAAAAUUGCAAAAUGUUGUAAAUGAAUUAUUAUUUUUGAAAAAGUCAGAUUCAAAUCAAGAAAUAAGAUAUUAUAUAAUGGACUUUACGGACCCAACCUGCUACUCGAACUUUCGCAGAUAUUUGGAUACAAUUAAUGAUAUCGGGGUUUUAAUAAAUAAUGUUGGGGUCUCGUACCCACAUGCGCAAUAUUUUGAAGAAACUAGCAUAGACCUUAUUAACGAAUUAAUAGAAGUGAAUGUUAGGUCUGUAUUAAUGAUGACCCACAUUGUCUACAACCACAUGAAAAAAAGGGAUCGAGGAGCUAUUCUUUGUAUUGGUAGUGGUUCAUCACAACUCCAGACUGACCCUCUUUAUUCAGCAUACGCUGCCACAAAAAGCGUUUCCGAAUCUCUUUGUAGAAGUCUACGGGCAGAGUGCGAAUCUGGGAACAUCACAAUCCAAUGCCAUACUCCUAUGCUAGUUACCACUAAAUUAUCAAAAGCAAAAAAAGAAACAUUCUUUACUAUUUCAGCAAAGAGGUUUGCUGCCAAAUCCAUAGAGAUGUUAAAAAGACCUCCAUCAGUGUACUCGACAAUUGUGCCUUACUUUGGUCACUGGUUACAACUAUUAUUAGCAAAUAUGAUUCCUCGCCCAAUUUGGAAUAAGAUAAGAAUCUCACAAACUAAAUAUAUUCGAGAAAAAGCACUUAAAAAAAAGAUUUAG